AUGUAUCUGGAGGACACGUUCUGGGACGUGAACUGGGGGGAGUAUCCACAGUGGCUACUGAGGAGGAUCAACUGUUUCCUCGGCGUCCCCUACGCUGAACCGCCCAUUGGCAGAUACCGAUUCCAAAAACCACUACCCCCACGAUGGGUGGGCACCUGGGACGCCACCUACUACCGACCUGCCUGCCCCCAGCGACUGGAGAUACUUCAGAGGGAUAUCCCCACAAUGGAGAAUGUUAACAUCAGCGAGAAUUGCCUCUACAUGAACAUUUUUGUACCUAACCCUAACUUGGAGUACGAUCAAACUAUCUAUCCCGUCAUUGUCUACAUCCAUUCAGGUAACUUCAGCACAGGUACGUCCCAAUCCCAGCCGGGUCACGUGCUGGCCACCAGGGACGUUGUCGUCGUCACCUUCAACUACAGAUUAGGGGCGCUAGGUUACUUAACAACGGAAGACGAGCAUGCUCCUGGAAACUUUGGGAUGUGGGAUCAGAUCCAGGCUCUGGAAUUUGUUAAGAGGAACAUCAUUGCGUUCAGAGGGGAUCCCAAUCGAAUAACUUUGAUGGGGGAGGGCGCGGGAGGCGUCAGCGUGGGUCUCCAUCUUGUCUCCCCCUCAAGUUAUAGGAAUGCCUACUACAGUCAGGCAAUAAUGAUGAGUGGCAACGAUUUGAGCAUGUUUGGCAUGAGCAGACCAUUCUAUCGGCCACGCACGUACGCCAAGAAGUUGGCGGAGUUGGUUGGUUGCAACCAGGAAGGCUCUUACGCCAUGAUCAAAUGCCUGAGAAACAAUGCUUCCGUAACAUGGCAGAUGAUCGUUCAGGCUCAACAUCAGAUUGCUCCAAAUGUCAGUAACAGUUUUUCUUUCGAGUUUUUUAAAUUUUUAUAA